UUCAAAAAAAGAAAUCACCCUGCCGCUAGCGCUUUGGUGUGGCUCUGGUGUGUUACUAGGGGACUAGCUCCAUGGAGGAGUCAGCUGUGCAGAAAUUGUUGGAAAAGGCAGCCCGCAGGGCAGAGCGGACAGCUGUCAUGGAUACAUGUCCUCCACAAGAUGAUGAACCGAAUGUGGGAAGGACACAGCAAGUUUCUCAAGAUGGGAAAAGUCGAAAGGUUCGAAGGAUGAUGCCACUGGAAGCAGAUUCUGAUGCAUCUACUGUGCCAGCUUCAGAGACUGAAAUCCAACAGAAACUUGCACUGUCAAAGAAGCAAGUGGAGCCAGAGACAGACAACUCCAACAAGACUGACAGCCAGAGGCCAAAGCUCCCCCAGAGGAUCCAAAGCAAAGAACUUUUGAAAGACGAGGCAACAUCACCGAACCAAAGUCAAGGCAAUCCAGGUGUCAGAACUCAGGCAACAGCAGUGAAAGCAAAAGCCCAACCAAAGGUGGUUUUCAAAGAAGAGACUGAGACUACUGCCCACGCAGUGGCGCAAUGCCUUGCCAGGAAAUCCACAGCCGAGCUCAACGGUGGCAGUUCUGGUGGUCCAUCUCCAGCAGGAUCAGCAGAUCAAGAACAGGACGCAAGUGACUCAGAAUCAGAGGUUAACAGCGAUGUGGAGUCCGAAGAGUAUGAGCGAAAGGAAGCGCUUGUGAAGGCCAAAAAAGCUGCACACGCGCGCUAUAUGCGCUUUAGCAGGAGCUUGACAAGCAAACGAACACCUAUCGAGGUACGCCGGGCAGGGGCCGCGGCAAAGAAUGAUUCCCCAAAGUUACAAAUGCUACAGGAGCAGUGGGCCAGUUGCAAGGGCAUAUGGAGCCAAAGUGACUUUGUCAUCCGUUUGCGACAGAAGACCCGCCAACGCCAGUAUGGCGCCAGACGCUGGAUGACGCGUCAGGAGUUGAUCUGCAAGUACUCAAGCUGUGCUAUCGCAGACAAAAUCAUAGCAGCCAAGCAGGGAGACAAAGAAGCAAAAAAAACCCAGAUAAGGAGCCACCCUGACCUUCACGGGGAUGACUCGGACGACACCAGGCAAUAUCUUGUUUGGGACAAAGAAGGCUCUGAAAACACCACAGACCAUGUCUGCUCUGAAUUGUUCACAGCCGCUGAGAAGGGGGAUGACCCCCUUGAGACUCGCAGGGGUCGUUCUAGGAAGAGGAAGGACAAGAAAGGUCGCAAGAGCAACAAGAAGAAAAGAAAGGGUUCUACUUCUUCGACCAGGUCCAGUUCAAGCUCAUCAUCUUCACAGGAAAAGGUGGAUUCAAGUUCUUCAAGCUCGGAGGCAGCAAAGAAAAAGAAGAAGGGCAAGAGCAAGACUGGUAAGACCAAAUCAAAAAACGGUAAGGCUUCCAAGACGGCUGCCAAGGCCAAAGGAAAGAAAGACAAGAAGGACAAAGACAAGGACAAGGACAAGGACAAGAAAAAGCCAAAGGAGGUGAUCUCAUCUGACAGUUCAGAUGAAAGUGAAGAGCCAGAAGAGACAGAGGAAAAAAUGCAGAAGCGAUUGGCGAAGGAAGCUGAGGCACAAAAAAAGAAGGAGGCAAAGGAUGCAGAACAAGCGAAGAAAAAGGCUGAACGUGAGAAGAACCAAGAAUUGAAGAAAGAACAAAAGAAAGGCACACAGGCCUUGUCGAAGCUUGGUGCCAACAUCUUGAAGGCAGCUGGCUUGGAUGAGAAGUUGGAGAGCAUGAGCAAGUCUGUGAAAGAUGCUAUUUUGAUGGAGGUCAAACCCCAUCUCGACAAAUUGCGCUCUACAAGAAGGUCUUUGCAGAAUGCCGUGGACUCUGCCCAGGUCGGACACUUGGGAUCUAUGCACAGCUUGAUUGCCAAAGCUGACAGCGUCAAUGCGGACUUUGUGACUGUAGCACGAGUGCCAGCUGCUUUACAAGGGCACUAUGAUGAUGUUGCUGCUGGUGUAUCCUCUGUGAAGCGGGUGAUGCGACGCGUUCGAGACCACGUCCAAGAAAGCGAACCUGCAUCAGUUCAUCAACACACAUUUGCACUUGCUUCUAAAUCUGGCAAGAACGAUGUUCGGGAUUUCUGGAGAUCAGCAGAUAUCCCUGUGGAGAUUGAGGAGGUGCGGGUCCCUGUGUUUAACCCAAAGCUACCUGGUAAGGUCUCUGUGGAACUGUACCCUAUGGUCUACCCACACAGAAUUUUAGCCUAUCUUUUCAACGAAGUGGAGCUGGAGAUGCCUAGUUGUGACGUCCAGACAUUCUGGAACCAUUCGCGCACCUUGGGUGAACCGUGGGCAUGUGCUCACCCUGCCACAGAGUGGCAUGUGCCAGUAGGGUUGCAUGGGGACGGAGCAAAGCUUUGGACUCAAUACCGUGUAGAAAAAUAUGUUGCUGUGUGGCUAAAUCUGCCACUGUUUAGACCGAGAUCGAUCCGUCACAGCCGAUUCUUGCUUUUUUCGAUGCCAAAACACAAAAUGGUGAAGAACCGGUCCCUCAAUGUGUUCUGGCGCAAAGUAUGUUGGUCUUUAAACGCAGCCUUCACUGGACAGAACCCUUCUGUCGGGCCAGGCGGCCUACCUUUAGCCGGAGAACAUCUUGAAAGGGCAGGACAUCCAAUUUGCAAGUCCGAACGGAAGUUUGCUUUGACAGAGCUGCGUGGUGAUUGGGAGUGGCAUCGGGACAUUUGGAGGUUCUGUGCCAGUUGGCAAAGCCAAGUGAUAUGUUUCCGAUGCCCUGCCCUAACUCGGGGCAAUUGGCCAUACGUAUAUUACAACAACUCCUCGACGUGCCGCUGGGACCAAGAAGAGUUCAGUUUGAACCAAUUUGUGGCCCGCCGCCUGAAAGAGAGGCAACUUUGCCCUUUACUGAACAUUCAGGGAUUCCAUCCCGGGCUCCUACGUUUCUGUUCCAUGCAUGCUCUGAACUUGGGCCUACUCUUUGUUUGCAACGCUGGUGGUCUGCUUCUUCUUUGUGAAGAUCUUCAAUACUUCGGCCCUGGUAGCUUAUCAGGCCAAAUGGAUGUUGCCUACAAGGAUUUUCUGGCGUUUUGCUCUGCCAGAAAAAUUUAUCAUUCGCAACCGCCCUUUGUUCCAAAGAUGGUGAAGAAGAAAAACGGCGACGAACUUUUCACUGCCAAGGCCUACAAUGGAAGGGUGAUUCUGAGCUGGCUGAGUCAUACUCUAUUACUGGCAUUGCAGCACCACCCAAAUCAUGAGAUUCUUCUUCUUACCAGUUCUGCAAUGAGCGAUAUGGUGAAAUGGUUCAGGAUCAGCGAAAGCCAUGGCCGCUAUUUGACGCAAGCAGUUGCCCAAGAGCUUCACGACACUGGAAUGCGAUUUCUGGACACCUACACUGUCCUUUGUGUGGAACACAUCAGGAUGGGAAAAGUCCGAUGGCAAAUGCGUCCAAAACACCAUGUUUUUGCACAUUUGUGCAAAGAUGCAUUACGGUGGAGAACCAACUGCCGAAUGUACCACACAUUUGUAGAUGAAGAUGCUAUGAGGUGGCUCAAAGGUGUUGCAGCUAAAGCUCAUCCUCGGUGUCGCCAUCUAUGGCUUCUAAAAUGUGCAAAAUUGAGGCUUCUCACUAUGAAGUACCGCGUAGAUCGGAAAAGGACCCGGGGAAAACGAGGUUGAGAUCGAGUACACAAUAGUUUGGACGUGCGUUUGCGCAGCGAUGAGUCAAAA